AUUAUUACACAGGACCCAGGUAGCACAUUACAGUUGUAAAUACAAAUUAUUAUUGCUUUGAAAAUAUUCAACUUUGCUUUUUGAAACCUCUGGGGAAGAUAGCUAAACAAGCAAACAAGACUCUUCCAUAUGGACAAGCCAAGAGGUUCCAAGCCAACAAGCUAUUCGGAGCAUUUGUAAUCGCACUUACCCAGUCUAGGUCAAGACCAUAUUUCAUUGAUUUUARGAAAGGUAGACACCUAUAAAUCUGCUCCUAAAAGAUUUUAGAUCAUCUACGGUUACUGGCGCUCCAAAGAGGCAGUCCAAGAAUUAUUACAGCGAUACCUUGGUGUGCGAUAUUUCGCAGCGUUUAUUUGUUUACAUUGGACAUACAUGCGCGAUCGACUGAUUGUUGCUGGAGAAGUUAGCGAGCCAAGUACAAGGGGAAAUCCAGAUCAUAUUUGAAUGCUUUCAUGAGCGAUGUUGAGGGAAACUCACAUCGUCUGUGUAUUAAGCAUGGGAACGCCAUGACUUUGACAUUUAAACAAGUUGAACAGUGGUUGGAUGAUCAUUAUGAUCUCGCUGAAGAUUACUUCGUUAGAAAAGCUUCUGUUCGAAUGGUCAAACUCUGGCAAGAAGCGAGUCGAGUUAGACAUGAAAAAGACAAAUCCAACAUAGAUGAAUCAACAAUUUCAUCGAUUAUUAGUGAUAAGGAAAGUGCUUUGAAGGCUAAACAAUGUCAUUUUAAUAAUUCUGUGGAGAUUUUAAAUUCUAACGAAUGUGAGGAGGAACGUGGAGAAGCGAGGCAACAUCGUCGACUAUCAGAGCCUCAUCGUCAGCCGACAACUCAACGCCAGUUCUCCGCUGACGAGCGAAAAAGACAACUUUUAUAUAGUAAAUCUAUUGCUUCAACUUUCUUCCAGUCUUUAGACUUGAAUUUGAGUACACUCAGUGAGUUUAAAGAAGAUAAAAUAAAGCUUUUGAAAAGCCCCCCACGACAAUUACGCAAAACCAAGUCGCUGCCUAAUUGUGGACAGCAACAUGUACUCGGGCCAUUGAUCGAGUCGAAAGUGCGUCUUCCGUCCUCCAAGAGCUUAAACAAGGAGUCCAAACUUGACUUGAAGAACAAUAAUGAACGGGAAUUUUUCUUUGAAAUCGUGCGAGAUAUUGCUAACGAUCUUGAUCUGAAAACCCUGAGCUAUAAAAUACUAGUCAAUGUAGGUAUUCUAACCAAUGCAGAUCGCUGUUCGUUGUUCUUAGUGGAAGGACCAAAGGGAAAACAGUGGCUUGUAUCGAAAGUGUUUGAUGUUCAAGUUGGAUCAACGAAUACUCCAGCACCCAAGGAGGCAAUCGACCACCAGCGAGAGAUUAGAGUACCGUUUGGAGUUGGMUUGGUUGGUUAUGCAGCAGCUACAGGCGAGACGGUCAACAUUCCCGAUGCAUAUGCGGAUCCUAGGUUUAAUCAAGAUGUUGAUAAGCAAACAGGUUACCAUACUAAGAGCCUGCUCUGUAAACCAGUCAAGAAUAAUGAAGGUUGUUGGAGUGGCACAGAUAAUAAACAAGAAUCCUGGAGGGGUACCAUUUACAAAAGAAGAUGAAAAGGUCUGUGACAUGUAUCUGACAUUUUGCGGAAUAGGAAUUACAAAUGCCAAGCUUUUUGAAUUAUCAGCAAUAGAGUUUAACAGAAAUAGGGCAUUGCUAGAACUAGUUCAUGACAUAUUUGAGGAGCAAACUUCACUUGAAAAAGUUGUACAUAAAAUUAUGAAGCGUGCUUUGGGAUUGCUGAAAUGUGAGAAAUGCUCUGUGUUGCUUCUUGCUCAACCAGUGUUAGGCAACAGUUCAGCUGAACAUCGUGCGCAGGAACUCAGGUUUUCUAGUGUUUUCAACCUAAAGGUCACAUCUCAAAAGAACCCCGGAAGUACAACGUACAGUGAGGGUCAUGAUGACAGGUCCUUCACAAGUCGGAUUGCUAAAUUUGUCUCUGCCGUUGGAAAGACUAUAAUUAUCCCUGAAGCUCUUCAAGAUGUGCGAGUCAGAAAAAUUCUUUCCGAUUCCUCUGAUGGUGACAAGAAAGAUUUCACAUCCAUAUUAUGCAUGCCAAUCAGAAAUAACAAGUUUGAAAUUAUCGGAGUUGCUGAAGUUAUUAACAGAUUGGACAAGAAACCUUUUGAUGAGAACGAYGAGACUUUAUUCGAGGCUUUUGCUAUUUUCUGUGGUCUUGGAAUCCACAACACCAUGAUCUACGAUCAGAUGGCUCGAGCCAAGGCCAAGCAGCAAGUUGCAAUAGAGGUUCUUUCCUAUCAUGUUGCUGCAAAAAAGUCUGAGGUCGAAAAAAUAGUGACGUCGCGAAUCCCAACAGCUGAAGAAAUCAACUUGUUUAGUUUUACUUUCGAUGACUUUUCACUUGCUGCAGAUGAAAUGUUAAUAGCUUCUAUUAGAAUGUUUCAAGAUAGUGGUUUUAUCGAGGARUUUCACAUUGAUUAUGAGACUCUUGGUAGAUGGAUAUUAACAGUCAAGAACAAUUACCGUAACGUCAUCUACCACAACUGGCGUCACGCAUUUAAUGUCGCGCAAUCCAUGUUUGCAAUGCUGCAGACAGGAGAUAUGAAAAGUUAUCUUACAAAGCUAGAGUGUUUAGGACUUAUCGUUGGCUGUCUCUGUCACGAUCUUGACCACAGGGGGACCAACAAUGCGUUCCAAGCUAAGACCGAUACUCCUCUGUCGAAGCUUUAUGGGACGUCAACUAUGGAACAUCAUCAUUUUAAUCAUGCUGUCAUUAUUCUGAGUACUGAGGGUCACAAUAUCUUCCAACGUCUAUCAGCCGACGAAUAUAGACAAGUAAUUAGCUAUAUUAAACAUUCGAUUCUAUCGACCGACCUUGCUGUUAAUUUCAAACAGAGGCCCAGGUUUUUCUCUCUAGUUGAUAAUGAACAGUUUGAUCCUAAUAAUAUGGACCACAGGGACAUGCUAAAAGCGAUGAUGAUGACUGCUUGUGAUCUGAAUGGAACCACAAAACCAUGGGAUAUUCAGAGAGAAGUCGUUAAUCUUGUAACUCGGGAAUUUUUCGAACAAGGUGAUAUMGAGCGAGAGAGGCUUAAUGUAGAACCAAUGGCGAUUAUGGAUCGACAAAGAAUCGACGAACUUCCGAAAAUGCAAGUUCAAUUCUUCGAAUCGACAGGAAUCCCAGUUUUUAAGGUUCUUUCCAAGGUUAACAAAAAACUUGAACCACUCGCAGACGGAGCYGAAAGAAACAAAWCUCGAUGGCAUGAAAUCAACGAGUCAAGAAAAAAAGCCGUCAAGUCGUGACAUCAGGGACAGAUGGCAUAUUAUUUAUUCAAUCUCUCUCAACGAGUUUAAAGCAGAAAGUCAAACUAGAGAACGGUUUUGAAUGGAUUGCCAAAUACGUGAAACAGAGAGAAAGUCUUCAAAGAAUUGCUGUUUUAAGCCUGGGAGUUUMAGAUGACAGUAUUUUCUCUUAAAAGUCUUACCAAUUCUACGGGAUCAGAUUGAAAGGAUACAAAGAACUGUUGCGACCGUCUAUUUCAAAGCUCUCUUUGACUAUAAUGAAUUCUUAGGAAAGUUUUACUUUCCCUGUCAACACCUUAAUGACUAGACGCYUCUCUAAAAUAACCUUGGAUCCCAAUUCAAYGUCCCCUGCUGAUUCUUCGCUURUGACCGCGUUAGUAUGCAAUUUUUCACUGGACUAUGGAAGUCUGACUUAUUCUCCUAUCAGCCCAACUUCGUCCUUCAACAGCUUAUUGAACGCUAGUGCAUUGCAACUUUGMUUUCUCAAACCAACAUCCCAUGCUAACAUCUCAAUAAGCAACAGAAAACAAAUUGUUGGAACAUUGUGUCAAUGGAACAUUCUCUUUAUGCAGMAAUGGAAAAGAAAGAUAGACGGCGCCGGAUUUCUAUACAAGCUUAGAAUAUGUUCAAAUAUCAAACUAAAGAAAGCAAGUAAGCCUGGACUAUUUGCAAUGAAGGUAAAAAGUUCCAAAGGGAAUAACGGUAUACAGAAUAUACAACGUUUUUAUCAAGAUUCGAGUUAUGUGUACGGGGGAUUUUAACUUAUAGUUUCAUUAAAUUUCAGUGUAACGAGUAUUUAGAUUAUAGGCAUUUCGUGAUUGUCAGGUUUGUUUUGCAUGUAAUGUAUAUGUGGUGAAAUGUGCUAUUAAAAAUGCUAGUUUGUUGUCAUG